GUGUGUUCGUUCGUACGUCUGGCGCGCGGAGGGUAGUAGUGUGCUGAGUGCUGUCAGUUGUACCUUAGCGUGCCAUGUGCUGAGAGCCGAAGUGUGCGAGCUCCCGAGUCGCGCCGUGAGAUCCUAGUGCCGAAGAGUUACAGCUGUGCAAUACCCAAAAUUGUGUUGAAUCGCGUGACCCAGUAGAUUAGCCUCAUUGAACCGAGCUCUUCCGUGCGCUGGCCAGCCUCAGUGGGAAAAUGAGAAAGAUGAGAGUGCUGGCGGGCGCGCGAGGGAGAUGAUCCCGCAGCAAGAUGCUGGCGCCCACCUGGCCGAGAUCCGGUGUGGACUAGCGUCGCGUCGCCUACCUGGACGUGCCCGGCCGACGUAGCGGGGAUGUCCGGCGUCACCUAGCGGCUGCCACUUCCCGUGACCUUGCUGAGUGACAGUCGCUGCCCUCCGGCGAGCCCUCCCGCGUCCGAGGAGCCGGAGGAGAGAGGGAAAUAUCUUUUUGUGAGGAGUGAUCGACCACGAGCGCCCCGAGCGAGAGAGGGCGAAGAAAGCGCGCCGCCAUGACGUCCACCAUCCGGGGGUACCUGACCCUCCGGCGGGGCAACAAGAAGAAGAAGCAGCAGCAGCGCGGCAACAUCUCCGACCUGUUCUUCAGCGUGACGUCCUCCUCCGUCGGCCCCGUCAGCCUGGUCUCGCACCGCCACUCGCGCUCCUUCCUCGACCUGCGGGACCUGAGCGAGGACGCCUUCAAAAGAGUGUCGAAUCAAGUCGCCUACUGGCCAGGUGCGAAUGCGCUCGGUCCAGUCCAGCCGGCACACGCGUGGCCAGAUGUGGAGGCGUUACCUGGAUGGGCGCAUGAUAAUGGUCUUCUGAUGCUGUGCAUGGCCGCGGGCCCUCGUCUCGUAUCGGACUGGGAUAUCACACAUUCUACAGGUGAGUGUUCCCGAUGUUUCUGUCCUGGGCGAGAGCGGAAGACUCUCAAAGAUGAAAUGGCCGAGGUCACAGCGGAGAUGGAGGCGCUGGAUACGGGGGAAGACAGUAAGAGCAAUCCGAAGAGUAAACAGAUGAGCAUCGGGCGAAAGAAGUUCAACAUGGACCCCAAGAAGGGAAUCGAAUACCUUAUAGACCAUGGCCUCCUUAAGAACACGCCCGAAGACAUCGCCCAGUUCCUGCACAAGGGCGAGGGGCUCAACAAGACGGCCAUCGGCGACUACCUCGGCGAGCGCAACGACUUCAACCAGUCGGUGCUGGACGCCUUCGUCUGCCUCCACGACUUCACGGAUCUCAUCCUGGUGCAGGCGCUGAGACAAUUCCUGUGGAGCUUCCGCCUGCCGGGGGAGGCGCAGAAGAUCGACCGCAUGAUGGAGAGGUUCGCCCACCGCUACUGCGAGCUCAACCCGGCCAUCUUCAAGAACCCCGACACGUGCUUCGUGCUGUCGUUCGCGAUCAUCAUGCUGAACACGUCGCUGCACAACCCGGCCGUCAAGGACAAGCAGACCAUCGAGCAGUUCAUCGCCAUGAACCGCGGCAUCGACAACGGGGACGACCUGCCCAGAGAGCUGCUCGAGAGCCUGUACGAGAGCAUCAAGACGGAGCCCUUCAAGAUCCCCGAGGACGACGGCAACGACCUCAUGCACACGUUCUUCAACCCGGACCGCGAGGGCUGGCUCAUGAAGCAGGGCGGCCGCUACAAGUCGUGGAAGCGGAGAUGGUUCAUCCUCAACGACAACUGCCUCUAUUACUUCGAGUACACGACAGACAAAGAGCCCAGAGGAAUCAUACCUUUGGAGAACAUUGAGGUUCGGGAAGUACAAGACCGCAACAAGCCGAACUGCUUCGAGUUAUAUGCCACCUCGACCGAUUUCAUCAAAGCCUGCAAGACUGACAGUGAAGGGAAGGUUGUGGAAGGCAAGCACACUGUGUACAGGAUGUCAGCUGCCACCCCGGAGGAGAAGGAGGAGUGGAUCAAGUGCAUCAGACAAAGUAUCAGUCAUAAUCCCUUCUAUGACAUGCUAGCCAAGAGAAAGAAGAAUAUUCAGAAGAACAGCAGUCGGUAAUCAUACCUGAGAAGAAAUUCGCUUUCGUUUACUACAAAAGACUGAACACUUAACCCACCUGAACAAUGAGAGGCUGUGCACGAUAUUCGCUAUGGGACAUAUUUCAAGUUUUUGCCUGCAUUCUAGUGAAAAAUGCACAAGCGAGAGAUCCUGUUUCAAGUGCUUGCAUGUGAGAGAAAAUAUUUUACAGACUUAUCAGAAGUGAAAUAAUGUUUCGAGUGCUCAGAGACACCCUCAGAAUAUAUACUUGCUUGCUUGCAUUAAACGUGAAAAGUGUGGGAAAAAAAGUACAGUACGCUUUAGCAGUUGCCUCUUUAACAAAGUGUUAAAAACUUUGCAGACGUGUGCGGCAACUUAAAAGAAACUACAAAGAGGUCAUUUUAUACAGGUCUCUGCUGGACAGUGUGAUCAUUGUCAUAAAAUAUAUCUUAUUCCCUGUACAACCUUGUGUCCAGUCAAGAUGUCUGCAUGAACAGAGUUUAGAUUAAUUUCUAAUUGUAAAUAUGUUUGUGAAUAGUGAAAAAUUAAAUUUUAUGAGACAUCAAGGUACUGUUAACCAGUAUCAGUCAUUGAUGCCAAGUGUUUACAAAGGUAUUGUGUAAUAGUGUAAAUAUUUGUAUGUAUUUGGCUUACUUAAUUAUGUAUGUGAGCUAAGAUAUGAAAUCUUCAGCCUCACAAUAGAGUACCAUGAUUGAAUGGAAGGCAUGCAAAAGUCAGUUUGUACCAAAUUGUGUGUUCGUAAACAUUAGAUAAAGGUUCGUAAAUGGAGUGUCAAAAGAGUGGAGGCUUGUUGUGUGUGUGGCCAGAGUAGGUGCCGGAUGUGGCUCUAAUAAAGGUACUUCCAGACACCUGCUGAUGUUGAUGUGUUCUGAAUUAUAUAUAUAAAUUUGCUUGAUAAAUAUAAAGUGUACCCCAGUCUGGAGGUUUUGUUUUGUUUGUAAAUGAGUCUGUGAUUUACUUUUUCAUGGUGUGAAAGAGAGAGAAUGAAAAUGAUCAUGAGAAAGAGAGAGAGUGAGAAUGAGAAUGAGUGAGAGAGAAUGAAAAUGAGAAUUAUGGCCCCAGGAACAGGUGUUUAGAAGUUACAUAACAUUGUAUACAUUUAUAGUUGGGGCCAAAGCACUUCACUCAUCACACAUCGGAAACAUUCAGCCACACCAAAAUAACAUCAACAGCAGAUUCUUCAUCAAAUCCAUUUAUUGCUGUACAAAAAUCUUGUUGGUGAGCAGCGUUAUGAUGUAAGCAGUAUCUUGGUGUCGUUGUUCUCUUCUGUGGAUUUGAUAUUGUGCUGCUAAUGCUGGUGAUGGAAUAAUAACACUACUCAGGUGGUGGAUAACAACAGAUAAGUGUUGUGUGGUUGGUAAAAGCUGGCUUACUUUCCCCCCUUUCAGAGAGUGAAAUACAAAAAAUUAUAAAAAAAAACAAUCAAAAUGUUACAGUUAGAUACUAUUUAAACUCACGUAUUUUACCCAUUGGAAUUGUCACUACACUAGUGUAAUUUAGGAUUGAAAAAAAUGCAUGCUUCUCUCAGAAACCAUCUUAAUAGGCCAUACUUCACCCCAUUCCAUUUCCAUCUCGAGGCAUGCAUUUGACGCUCAUGCUUAGCAAAACAACAAAACCUCCAAAGAAGAAAAAAUAGGAUUAAACUUUGAUCUUUCGCUAACCGGUUCUCUCUGUGGGUGUUUAGAAAGAUUCCCUCCUGGCAUGUGUUGAUGUUAGCGAGUCUGAUGUUGGGAACGCCACCCUUAUUUAUCACUCAUAGACAAAUCUAAUAUUUAGUUCCAUACGGCCCAAUAUCUGCAGUCGUAAUCAGUGGUGCAUGUUUCCACACAAGAUGCUUGGAUCUCAUACUUUUUCAUAUUUAUAAUCAUCUGUUACAACAUGUGAUCCUGUUGCCAGUUAUAGGAGACUCUCCCUCCACUCAUUUAGGUCAGCAAUCCAAAAGCACUCCCUCCCCUUCGUCAAAUCUUGGCUGCUAACUGGCAAGAGAGAAAGGCAUGUUUUUAUUGCUGUGAUGGUUAUCAUAUGGUGAGUACAUAGGACUAGAGUAUUAUCCAUACUCAGGAUAUUUUAAAAUCAUAUCUUUUCUGGUUUUUGGUACGAAGGGAUAACCAGUGACGGACUUGUCAUUGGGUUGAUAUUCAUUUGUUUGUUAUCAUCUGUAUAUUUUGUAUUUUGUUUCCCCCUUCAAUCUCAUGGUAUAUAUUGUUUAAUGUUAUUUAAUAAGAAAAGCAAAAAAAACAAAAGGAAAUUCCAUGUCAUUGAUAAAGGAAAACGUUAUCAAUACAGCUACCAAAGAGAUGUUUACAAGAAUUUAAUUUCUCAUUUUGUAAAACUGCAACACCUGUUAUGUAUUUUUACUGCAUCUUUUUUUUUUUUUUACUUCACACAUGUAAUACUAUUUAUGGCUUUCUUUUCCAAUCAACAAAUUCUUUUUAUUACUAUCCAACAGGGCACAGGCAGGUAAUAUCUGCAUGUGAACUGGCCAAUUUCAUUAGAUUUAAACUGUACAACAUUUCCCCUGUGGUCAAUGUCUAUAUUUGAUUAUGUACAGCCGUGAAAAGGUAUUUACCCAGUUGUAUAUAUUUCUGUAGGACUUUAUAUUAUUGUAAUUAAUAAAGUGAAGACGGUUU